CGAGACAUAAACGAACCAGACUAUAACCAACGAGUCUGCUACACAUGAUGGAAUACUCAAGAGUGCCUCUCGAUCAAUUCUCCGAGAUGUUUGCUGCUGCGACUGAGCUCUCUAGCGUCGCCAUCGGAGGAAAGAUCUGUUCAGUCUCCGAUGAUUUCUUCGCAGAAGCCUAUCACUUGCUGCUCGUGGAGCCUGCUCCCAGUUUGAAGGGCCAAUUUGGACCAAAGGGUGCGCUGUUCAGUGGAUGGGAGUCGAGAAGGCAUAACCCGGAAUAUGACUGGGUCAUUAUCAAGCUGGGAACUACUGGAACCGUCCAUGGAUUCGACGUCGAUACUGCCCACUUCAACGGGAAUGAGGCUCCUCAAGUCUCCAUAGAUGCAAUGUUCUUGUCGGACGAUGCCAGUCCUCCCGAUGCAAAAGACAGUGGGUGGCACGAAAUUCUGCCUAAAGUUGACCUGGGACCCAGCUCGAGGCAUCUCUUCAAGGUACCGGAAACGAAAGGUAUCAAUUAUGUCAAGCUCAAUAUGUAUCCAGACGGCGGUAUCGCUCGUUUCCGCGUUUACGGCCAUGUCGUUCCCAUUCACCCUGCAUCUCCCGACGAACUAUUCGAUGCAGCACACGUAUUUGCGGGCGGUCGCGUUACUUACACCUCAGAUCAACACUUUGGUGUUGGAUCAAAUUUGAUCUUGCCUGGACGAGGGAAGGAUAUGGGCGAUGGCUGGGAAACGAAGCGGAGCAGGCAACCGGGCCACAAGGACUGGACUGUCAUUAGACUUGGCACCCCUACGUCGCUCUCCCACGUCGUGAUCGACACCGCCCAUUUCAAAGGCAACUUCCCCCAGUCCUGCGAACUACACGCCACCUCAUCCACCUCCGAGAUACCGCCACACUCACCUUCUCAUGUACCGCCUCCAUCCAGCAAUCCGUCCUCUGAAGUGUCCGCGAAGACAUCCGAGGAAGAUGAGUGGUCACUCGUACUGCCCCGCACAUUACUCGGGCCACAUAGGGAGCAUUCACUUGUAUUGGAGAACGUGGAGGUGAAGAAGUUUACCCAUGUCAGGUUGACAAUAUUUCCGGAUGGAGGCGUGAAGCGUGUUAGGGUCAUAGGCACGCUUGGCGCCAGUGUUAACACUUCACCUCAGUCCAGUGAAGCCACCCAAGCCACCGCCGAUCCGUCGACCUCUACGCCGGCUGCUUCACUACACUCGACCAACAACAUCGGCACGAGGCGACCAAUCCCUGCUCUCCCUCUUACCCCCGAAGCUUUUGCUCCUUUCGGCCAAGUCAUUCAAUCCUACCCUGAUCCCCAUUCCAUACCCUCCCCUCGAACUACAAAGAUAACGCCCGCCAACUUCGGCACCGCUACUAAGUAUCACAAACUAUCUUUACUCCAGUCAUCUUACCCGUCCGGUACGGACCCGGAAGCAACCUCCGGCAUCUCGGUGUACACAUGCAUGCCUGUCGUUCCCGUGCGAGGUGGAGACAAUGUUGGGUUGAGUGGGAUGGAGGUAGAGGUGACGGCGCUGGAGAGACAUCCGUAUACGAAUCAGGCAUUCAUCCCGAUGGGCGGUUUGGGUGAUGGAGAGGAAGGGGGUAAGAAGUACUUGGUCGUGGUGACGAAGAAUGGAGAGGAUGGCGCGCCGGACUUGAAGACUAUGAGGGCGUUUGUGGCCCAUGGAGGACAGGGGAUCGUGUAUAAGACCGCCGUGUGGCAUCAACCUAUGACCGUAUUGGAUGGCACAAUGGACCUCGCAUGUGUUGAGACCCAGAUGGGGAACGGAGACAAGACCGAUUGCGAGAUCGUCCAGUUGGAUGCAAAGAAAGGCGAGAUAGUCACCGUUAGGAUACUUUGAAAGGACGUUCUUCAUGGCGGAACUGAAUAAGGAUAAUGUAUGUUUUGGCUGUGCGAGCCGUAUAUGUGAUUUAGUUGGGUGAC